AUUAGUUGUUUGGGCAGCGACUUGCGAUUAUUUUGAUAAUGAAUUAGUCUUUCCAUUUUUUUCUUUGAUAAUGUACUGUAGAUUAAAGCAUAAAAAAAGAAUAGUGUGGGAUUAGUAGUGCUUGAAUAUUUUGGCACCCAUUCAUUUGUAUUAUAUGGACCAAUAGAUACAUUCUUCUAAAAAACUAAAAAAGUCAUAUACAUCUUGGAUGACAUGAGGGUGAGUAAAUGAUAAGAUAAUUCUCAUUUUUGGUUGAACUAUCCCUUUAAGUCAAAUUAUGCAUUUAUUGUGUUGUCUUGAUCGAUCAUUGCUGUCACUUCAAAGUAUUCAAGUACUCGUUCCCAUUCUUUGUUCAGUGAGUCUCUGCAUCUUUAAGUUCUGUGCCAUAGACAACACUGCUGAAGCCACCUGCAUUGGUCCCUGCAGUUACAGAUCUGCGGGGAAUGCACAGACUAGAACACAUGGGAGCGGCAUUCAUACUUAAGAAUCUCCUGCUGUUUGUGCAUGUCUCUCAAUGCAUCUGUGCCAGUUCACAUUGUACUCUACUGUAAUCCUGAACUCUAUAAAUAUUGCUUAAAUAUACACUGUUAAACCAGCAUUGGUUAAUAAGACCUUUUGAUCUGAAAUAUUCUAAUGCUGUGUUGGAUGAUGAUUUAAAUAAAGAGUGAGGCUAUUUCUUUAACAUUUUAAAGAUUACAGAGCCUGUGAAUGUAGAAACCCACGUGUAACCAUAUUUAUAAUAUAUUUUAUUAAUAGUUCAUCCAAAAAUUUUAAUUCUGCCUUUAUUGUUGUCUGAAUUAGUUUUGACACUGAAAUUAUCUUGAAAAAGCCCUGAGAAAAAAGGGCCUAGUUAAUGUCAAGCCUAGGAGGUUGUAUUUACUUUCUUGUUUUCUGCUUUCUGCUGUUAUGUUGCGCAAUAUUUUGAGUUUGUGUGAACAGUGGCAUUGUGUGGGUGGGUUCAGGGACACUGUAAUCUGCCCUCUCUCACUCAUAGUUACUAUGCGCUGUCACUGUCUGCGUCAUGUUUGUCUUAAAUGGACUGUCCCUGUUCUGCUUGUUGGUCUUUAAUUUUACAAUCAUAAACUCACUUGUGUCUUUUUCAGAUCACUUUUUGACAGCUCAACACUUCGGUAGCAGCUUUAUCUAUGGCAUUCUUGCAGAGAACUGGAGACUACUGCCAUGCUCAACAUCCAAGCAUUUAAACAAGGGGAGAAUUCUUGACAUGCUACCCGCUGACCUGCACUGAUCUGUGGAUGCACUGAGAAGCUGUUACCUCUGCUGCCUGUGGUUCCACCACCCAAAACUCCUCACAAAUCUAAUGGGUUGAUCUUGCCUCUCUGGCUACAGUAAGCCAUUAAAGGGAGUUUACAAGACUUUGGGACUUUGAACAUUAAGGAGUCAUACAGUGUUUUAUUCACAUAGAAAUAUCUGAGACUGAACACGACAGUGAAGAAGACCCUUUGGGUGAUUUUGGUUGUAAACGGUUUCUUUCAAAGUUUGGACACUGAGUUGGAGGUUGCACAAUGGCUCGAAUGAACCGGCCGGCUCCAGUGGAGGUAUGUUACAAGAACAUGCGGUUCUUGAUAACACACAACCCGACAAACUCCACUCUGAAUAGCUUCAAAGAGGAUCUUAAGAAGUAUGGUGCCACAACGGUGGUCAGAGUUUGUGAGGUAACCUAUGACAAAACCCCACUGGAGAAAGAUGGAAUCACAGUUGUGGACUGGCCGUUUGAUGAUGGCGCUCCCCCACCGUCUAAAAUCGUAGAGGACUGGCUCAGUCUACUGAAGAGACGCUUUAUGGAAGAGCCCGGCUGCUGCGUGGCUGUGCACUGUGUGGCUGGUCUUGGAAGAGCUCCAGUACUUGUGGCCGUGGCACUGAUUGAGAGUGGGAUGAAGUAUGAAGAUGCCAUCCAGUUCAUCAGACAGAAGCGCAGGGGUGCAAUAAACAGCAAGCAGCUUACCUACCUAGAGAAAUAUCGUCCCAAACAGAGACUGCGCUACAAGCACCCGCACAUUUUCAAGAGCAAGUGCUGCAUCAUGUGACUGCAUCCUCACCCCAAUCGAGAUGAACCGAAUGGAUUGGGCCACCACUGAUGCACUUUGCUGAUUUGCUAUUCAAAUACAAACUGAUUCGGUCUGGUUGAAGUUGAAAUCCCCACUGGUGCCUAAAUCCUCACUCUGUGGAGUGGAUACUGCCAUGACCUUUUUAAGACGCACCACUUCGUUGGUCACUAGAAGGCUGUGUAUCUCCAAGGUCAAUGAGAUAGGCCAAAGGCAGCCUAUGGCCUUUGACCCUGCAUCUGGACUGACAUGACACCCUAAUCAUGCCUCAAAUGAUUUUGAUUUGUCUAAAGGAGCCAGCUGGUGUGAAAACAAUGUGAAUCGUGUAAAAAUGUGUGCUUUCUCUCUCUCUUGUUUUUGUUUCUACCACUAUUCCCGCUCUCCCCCGCCAGGAGUCAGAGUUUUAGAUGACUAUGGUCCUUAAUACUUUCAGUUUUAAGCACAAAUAUUUCCACUGCUGACCUUUUUCUUUGAUACUUUGAUGCUGUGUGAGCAAACAAUGGUAGAAGUGGACAGAUGAAGGGCUCGUGAACAAUAUUUCUCUUUCAUAAACCAGCACUCUGCUGUUUCCAGUAGAGUUGAGUACCAGACACUAAAUGGUUUCUGAAAGCUAGAUGAAGGCCUGUCUAUGAAGGCUCAUGAAUGAAAUAUCAAAAAUGCUUUUUAUGCGUGUUUUUAUGCUUAACUUGUUCUUUCCGAAUCAAACUUUUGGUUUAUUGGGGUAAUUUUAAUGUGAUAGGACAAUUGCAGGUCUGAAUUGAAGGGAUUGUUAAAAAUGUGGUUUCAAGUCUUUAUGAUUUAAGUACUUCCAUGGAACACAAAGAGAGAAACUUUGAAGAAGGUUCAAGGUUCUGUUUUCCAUACAAUGAAAGUGGAAGGGACACAGGGGCUGUCAAGCCUCAAAAAGAAGAAAAAAGCACCAUAAAUGUAGUCCAUGUGUCUCUUGAACUUUAUUCUAGGUCUUCUGAAGCCAUAUGAUAACUUUGUGCGAGGAACCGACUGAAAUUUAAGUUAUUAUUCACUGAUAAUCUUGCUUCACAGAUGUUGUCACCAUUCACUUUCAUUGUUUGGACAAGAAUCUCAUGGACAUUCUUCCAUAAAUAAAUAUUUUUUUGUUCCACAGAAGACAGAAAGUCCACCAGUUGCAUAAUACAAAUAAAGGCUAUUGCAAUGAUGAA